UCCGCUCCUCACCAGGAUUUGGACUGGGCACUCUCUGAAGUAGAGAAAAGACUCUGCAGACAUUUCACAAGGAUUGUGAUCAGAGGGAAAAGAGGUAGACCGGUUCCAAUUCUCGUAACUCAGAAAAUGCUGAAUGCAUUGGAACUCCUGGUUUUAGAGAGAAAGGCAUGCGGGGUUCUCGAAGAGAAUGGCUACAUGUUUGCAAGACCAGCAGCUAAAACUCAUUUCCGUGGCUCAGAUUGCCUUCGAGCUUUUUCAGGAGCAUGUGGUGCAACGUGUCCCAAGGCACUGACUUCCACCAGGCUACGGAAACAUGCUGCAACACUCUCAACAGUCCUCAACAUGACAGACACAGAGAUGGACCAGCUGGCCAACUUUCUUGGGCAUGACAUUAGAGUCCAUCGUGAGUUCUAUCGACUACCUGAGAAAACACUGCAGCUUGCCAAGGUCAGCAAACUUCUAAUGGCCCUCGAGCAAGGAAGACUGGCCGAGUUCCAUGGCAAGAACCUGGAUGAAAUCACCAUAGGUCCAGAUGACACAGUUCUUUGUCAUGAUGAGACAGAUGACACGGAUGAGACCAGAGAAGGACACUAUUCAUCUCAAAAAACCUCACGCUCCACCGUUCUUGUCCUUGCAGACUUGAAGAAGACCCUGGCGGUGCUGCUGGACAACAUCAUGCUGCGGCUGGGUAAACUCGAGUCAAAGGUGGAGAACAUCUACAACGGCACAGUGGGAAACCUGACCAACGGCAUCAGCACCACCACACCCAGUGCCACCAACCCAGAGAAGGUGAACGUAGCAGAUCUUCUAAACGGAGCUCAGGAGAAGUGUGAGCUGCCGCCGCUCGACGGCUUCCCUCACUGCGAGGGCAAGGUCAAGUGGAUGAAGGAGAUGUGGCGCUCAGACUCCUGCUAUUCCAACUAUGGCGUGGACGGCUCCACCUGCUCCUUCUUCAUCUACCUCAGUGAGGUGGAGAACUGGUGUCCUCGUCUUCCCUGGAGGACAAAGACGCUCGGUGAAGACAUCGACAGGAGGAGACAGGCGGAGGUCCGCACCAACUUCGACGAGCUUUACCGUGUGAUGUCACAGAGGGAGGAGUUUCGCUGGAUGAUGCUGAGGAUCAAGCGCAUGGCCGAGCCGUGGGUCAGCGCCAUCCGAUCGCUGGCCGAGAAGCAGAACCUGGUCAAGCGUCAGAAGAAGAAGAUCCUGGUGCACUUGGGUCUGCUGACCAAGGAGUCGGGUUUUAAAAUAGCUGAAAACGCCUUCAGCGGCGGCCCGCUGGGCGAGCUGGUCCAGUGGAGUGACCUCAUCACCACGCUGUACCUGCUUGGCCACGACGUCCGCAUCUCAGCCUCCAUCGCCGAGCUCAAAGAGAUCAUGCGUAAGGUGAUGGGGAACAAGUCCAGCUGUCCCACGCAGGGCGAUAAGGUGGUGGAGCUCAUCUACAUUGACAUCGUGGGACUGACGCAGUUCAAGAAGACGCUGGGACCGUCCUGGGUCCACUACCAAUGCAUGCUGCGAGUGCUCGACUCUUUCGGGACGGAGCCGGAGUUCAAUCACGCUCACUACGCCCAGUCCAAGGGUCACAAGACGCCCUGGGGGAAGUGGAACCUCAACCCGCAGCAGUUCAACACCAUGUUCCCUCACACUCCAGACAACAGCUUCCUGGGCUUCGUGGUGGAGCAGCACCUGAACGCCAGCGACAUCAGCCACAUCGACGACAUCAAGAGGCAGAACCAGUCGCUCGUCUACGGCAAAGUCGACAACUUCUGGAAGGACAAGAAGAAGUACCUGGACGUCAUCCACAGCUACAUGGAGGUCCACGGCACCGUGCACGGCACCAGCACCGUCCACCUGCCCGGUUACGUCGAGAACCACGGCAUCCUGAGCGGCCGCGACCUGCAGUUCCUGCUCCGAGAAACCAAGCUCUUCGUGGGUUUGUCUUUCCCGUACGAAGGUCCCGCUCCUCUGGAGGCCAUCGCUAACGGCUGCGCUUUCCUCAACCCCAAGUUCAACCCACCAAAGAGCAGCAAGAACACGGACUUCUUCAAAGGCAAACCCACUCUGAGAGAGCUGACGUCUCAGCACCCGUACGCUGAGGUUUACAUCGGCGAGCCUCACGUGUGGACAGUGGACAUCGAGAACCCAGCAGAGGUGGAGCGAGCGAUCCGCUCCAUCCUCAGUCAGAAGAUUGAGCCAUACCUGCUCGAGUUCACGUGUGAGGGGAUGCUGCAGAGAGUCAACGCCUUCAUCGAGAACCAGGACUUCUGUCAUGGUCAGGUGAUGUGGCCUCCUCUCAGUGCUCUGCAGGUGAAGAUCGCAGAGCCGGGUCGCUCGUGUAAACAGGUUUGUCAGGAGGAGCAGCUCAUCUGUGAGCCGUCCUUCUUCCAACAUCUCAACAAGGACAAGGACCUGGCCAGGUUCGGCGUGGUGUGUGACAGCGUGGAGUCGAGUGCGGACACCGUGGUCCCCGCCUACAGUGCGUCUCGUCAUCACUGUGUGUUUCAGUCUGACCUGCUGCUGUUCAGCUGUGCCGGCGCUCACCAGACGCUGCCACGCGUCUGCCCCUGUCGUGACUACAUGAAGGGCCAGGUGGCGCUGUGUAAAGACUGUCUAUAGCACACACACACAGCUGGUCGUCAUGUCAGGGGGGGCGUGGUCUGUGGGCGUGGCUGGAUGUGGGUGCAGCCCACCGUGUGACAGACUGUUUGUUCGUAUUCAUCAUGUGGAAGCAGCACCGCCCCGGUGGACUGAAGUGCACAUAUCAGUGAGUGGCUCUUUGGACGCCCCACCCACCACCACCCAAACCCCACCCCUUUCCACUCCAAGCACCGCCCUCCCUGCUCCGAAACUGCUUUUUUCUUUAGGGUAGACUUACACUGGACAAACACACACACUAACAUAUACACGCACACACAGACACACACACACACACACACACGGUUUUACACUGUAACGUCUCGUUCGUUUCUUCUUGAGAAAAAAAAAACGCGUCACAUCGGACGUUUAACGUAAAAACUUUUAUUCACACUUCCUCACAGCAGGAAGUCCACGUCCACUUUAAAGGGAAAGUUCGAAUGUUGUUUUUUUAAGUUCCACAAACUUAAAAAAAAAAAAAAUGAACUC